UUGACCCCGCUCUAUAAUAAAUUACGUCCUCCCGGCAUCAUUCGUUUCAGUGUGCGACAUACACGCGCGGCGCCAUGAGGCUCCCGGUUUUAUUUUUGUUUACAAUCGUUCUCAUACAAUACGGUGAUUGCCAGAGCACGUGGUUCUCACAUAUCGUCGGUAAAUUUAACAACAAAACUACACAGCUGAAGAAUUAUGUGCAGGACAAAGGACGCGGUAUCAUUAAUCACGUUGGUAGUGUGCAAAAUAAAGUGACUUCUUAUUUUAAACCGGCUCACGGAAGGAGUUUGGACGUGACAACAGAAGAUCAGAUUAAAGGCAGGUUUCAAAUUUACUUAAAUGAAGCGGAAAUGUAUGACUCUAAAUUGUUUGACGUCAUUGCUCCAGCGAAUAUGAAAUAUAAUUGCACGCCCGAUGAUCCAACGAUUUAUAUGACGACGCCUCAAUUAAUAGCCCUUCAUGGAUACCCCGCCGAGUCCCAUGUGGUCAUUACUGACGACGGAUACAUCCUCACGCUGCACAGAAUUCCUCAUGCCAAAGUGGGUAAUGGGAGCAACCGUAUUGAAAUUCCUCGAAAAACUGUUCUUUUGCAUCACGGUUUACUUGGCAGCUCUGCAGACUGGGUAAUGGCGGGCCCAGAAAAAGGUCUGGCAUAUGUUUUGUCUAACGCCGGAUAUGAUGUUUGGCUGGCGAAUGUCAGAGGGAACACAUAUUCGAGAGCUCAUAUAUCUUUAAAUUCAGACCGCCGGGCAUUUUGGAACUUUACAUUCCACGAGGUCAGUCAGCACGACUUGCCAGCUGUGAUCGAUUACAUAAUGGAGACCAAAGGAUUGGACGCGAAGCUCAAUUAUAUUGGACAUUCAAUGGGCACGACAGUUUUAUUCGCUUUGCUGUCAACUAAAACCCAUUACAAUAAAGUUUUAAGAGCAGGCUAUGCACUCGCGCCUGUGGCUUACAUGACGGAGAUUAAAAGUCCGAUAAGACUGCUGGCCAGAUUCGCCGAUGACAUUGAAUAUUUGCUAAAUCUUCUUGGCCAGAAUGAGUUUCUGCCGCAGAAUGCUGUCUUGCGAUGGCUGUCGAAGCACGCUUGCGAAAUAAGUCACAUCGAAGAAGCUAUUUGUGAAAAUUCCAUGUUUAUGCUUUGCGGGUUUGAUGAGAAGCAAUUCAACAGGACGCUAUUACCCCUCAUUUUGAGCCACGUCCCAGCUGGGGCUUCAACGAGAACUCUUAUCCACUACGCCCAAGAGAUUCGCAAUAAAGGCCAAUUCCAAAUGUUUGACUUUGGCAAGGAAGGAAAUAAGAGACAGUACGGGACCCCAACGCCUCCUCAGUAUCCUCUUGAGAAGAUCACCCUGCCAAUCGCCCUACUAGGUGCGCAGAACGAUUGGCUAGCCAGCACCGCCGAUGUCACCAAACUAUAUCAGCAACUACCUAACCCCAUUGAGAACUACGUAGUGCCUUUGGAAGAGUUCAAUCAUAUUGAUUUUCUGUAUGCAAUUGAUGCGCCGAAGCUAGUGUACAACAAGUUAUUAGAUCUUUUAGAAAAAGGAGGUAGUAAAUAUGAAAACGUAGACGUAGAAAUCAUAACUAAUGAAAUUAAUGAACUUCAUUAGUAGAGCUUGCAAUAUCGGAUGGUUCCCAAUUCCGGAACCGAUUUUCGAUAUUGGGUUACAAUUCCGGAAUUCCGGAACUGGUUCCAGAUUCCAAAAGUAGGAUUUAUCAUGUUAUUAUUAGAUUUUUUAACAAAAAAUGUAAAAUUAUGAUACUUUGUUUUGUUUAUCAAAGGAAGUACUUAUUGUUUUAGAGGAAAUUAAUUGAAUUGUGCCGUCUUUUCACCGCUUAUUUUAGCACCUUGUUACUAUGGUCACUUAUUCAUUUAUUUUAUAUGAUACGGCGUAUUUAUAUGGGAAAACUGCGGUUGUUAGCAAACCAUUCUAAUUUUAUAUACUUAAUAUUUAAAUAAAACUGCUUCCUAUUCUUACUAUUAUCUUCCUAGCCUAGAGUUAGACCAAGAAAAGUUUGCAACGAUUUUGAUGACAUACGCUGUGCAAGUGUUAUGUAUACGUAAUAAUGUCUUAGAAGUUUGACGUUUAAAAUAACACUUGCACUGCGUGUGCUAUCAAAAUUGGUUCAGACUUUUCUUGGUCUAACUCUAGUAGGUAGUGGUUCUAUUUACUAAGUUUAAGGUCUUAGGCUCCUAUUUCUGUAAGGGCAUUUAUUCGUGUGUGUAUCUAAUAUUUUGCUUUUGACUUGUGAUUGUGUUCUAUGUAUUUAAAUAUUUAACUGUUACUUAUCUAUAUUCAAUCCAAUUCAUCAUUCUGUAUUAUCUGUAGCGCCAACAACGCAAGCCAUAUUGAGAUUUUUGUAAUAUUGUCCCUGUGUACCACCAUAACAUUUAUGUAGUAUGGGCCAUGGGGCAUUCUAAUAAUGUAUGUAUUUUAAUUAAGAUAGGUUUUUUUUAAAUAAGUAGUUGUAUUUAUAUUUGUAGUUUAUUUGUAACUCCUUAAACUGAAGAAUAAAUAUUUAUUUUCA